GCUUGAUCUUCUCCUCCCCGUCGCUUCUCUAAUGCUCCUCCGUCCCAGAUCGCUUCAUGGCAUUGCUCACCUUCGAAGAUCUGGCUGCCCUGGACGCCGGUGACGCCCAAGUAGCACAGUUCAAGGAGGACUAUCGCCGCCAGGGAUACUGCUGGUACGCCCAGACACACACACUCGUGUGUCAUAGGCACAGUGACUGUCUUCUUGUGCGCUUCCCUUUUCUUAUCAGGCUGCCUUCAUUCGUGUCAUCGGACGUCGUCCAGCAACUGCAAUGCGAGGCUGCACGGCUAUUUGAGGCCUCAGCGGACAACUCGUUCCGCAGCACCGAGGACCACACAAUCACUCUCGACUCGCCCUCGGCACACACAGACACAGCAACAACACAGCAGUCGUCGAAGUGCCUCAUCGCGCAAGACCGACUGCCGACCGAAUCGCAGCUGCUGAGGCUCUUCCGCUCACCGGGCCUGAUCCGGCUGCUCUCACUCAUCAUAGACCGACCUGUCUAUUGCUCUGACGACCCUCUCGGUGGCGUCUACUACAACGUGUUUGAAGAAGGGGACGCCCUCGGUUGGCACUUCGACCGGUCGCCGUUCUUCGUCAACCUGCUUGUGUCGCUGCCGUCGGAGGGCGGUGGCGGGCAGUUUGAGUUCUUUGCCGAUGGACGACCACAGCAGGAGGAUGCCGACUCAGAUGAUGUGCUGCCGCCUGUUUAUGAGGCGGGGGUGGCGCGUGUGGCGAGGGGUGAGGAUGUGUCGAAGGUGGUGCGGCCGCCGCUGGCCGAGGGAGGCAUCAUCAUAUUCCAGGGGAGGAGAUACAUGCACAGGUGGGCGAGCAAACAACAGACACACAGAGAGGGGGAGGGAGAGGGGGAGGGAGAGAGAGCGGCCACUCAUGUUUGUGUGUUUAGGGUGACUCCUGUGGUUGGUGCUGGCGAGAGGCGGAUCAACGCCAUCCUGACCUAUGCGGAUGCGCCUGGCUUUGUGCUCAACACAUACACGAGGCAGACAUUCUUCGGCCGAUAGACAGACAAAUCAACCGUGUGCCCAUUCUGUGUACUGCUG